GGUCGCCUGACUACAAAGAAAUGACAGAAUGAGGAAAAUGGAAGGAUAGCGAAUAUUGGUACGAAGUGCGAACAAAGGUUGGUGCUGUUAGCUGAGCAAGUUGCAUUACAAAUCUUCAAAGAUACAGCUGGUUAAAAGUACGUGUAUCGUUUAGAAUUGACGUGGAAUACAGUCGUGGAACCUUGGUCAGCUUCGUUUACUUGCACGUAAUGUUAACGUUAUCCCUCUCAUCACCAAGUGCCGAUGUUUAGCAUCCGUGCAGUUAAAACUGGACUGACAUUGGUUGCCGUAGCAAACGCGAUGAGCGCAGCGGCUGGAUCAUCGGAGCCUCCGGGACUCAUUCUGCAAGGGAACACCGUCGGCAUACGCCCAGACAGCCCUCCUCGGCUGCUGAGACUGCCUGCGGUCCCUGGAUAUGAGGAGCAUCGGGUGAACGAUAUGUUACUGCAUAGCCCAGCUGGACCUGUACGUCGGUGCAGCAACUCCGAGAUGGCUGAGAGUGGCAAUGCCCACGUUGUAUUCUUUCCUGGCGAUAUUCAGAAUUUCCAGCAGGAGAUGUCCAUGCAGCCCGACGCGGCCCCCUGGCAGAGCUGGAGCCUGGAGAGGGUGGCCCUCAUCCUGGGACGCCGCUUCCCUGGCCACCACGUCUGGAUCAUCCGAGCAUCCCGCAUGUAUCUCCACAAGUUCAGCAGCUACCAGAACUUUGUGGAGAGCAACCUCUUCGGGGCCCCCGAGCACUCCUCCGACUACGGCGGCCUGCGCCACCUGAGAGCCCUGCUCGGCCACGCCAUGGAGCUCGCCAACCUCCCAGACCGUCUGCCGCCGCUGACCAGCGCAGAGCCUCUUCCGCCCGGCUUCUCUCUCGUCAUCGUGGGCUUCAGCAAGGGUUGCGUGGUGCUCAAUCAGAUGGUCUACGAGCUGCCCACUGCCAAGACCGACCCCCAGCUGGCCCCCUUCCUGGAGAGGGUGACGGACAUGUACUGGCUGGACGGGGGCCACCCGGGGGGCAGCGAGACCUGGGUGACGGACAAGAGGGCGCUGGCCGAGUUGGCGAGGAGCGGGGUGGCGCUGCACGCCCACGUGACGCCCUACGAGGUGCGCGACCCCAUGAGGGCGUGGGUGGGCCAAGAGCACAAGCGCUUCACGCAGACUCUCCAGGAGCUGGGGGCUCAGCUGACGCAGAAGCUGCACUUUGAGGACGAGCCGGCCUCUAUCGACAACCACUUCCGGGUCAUCCAGGACUUCUGAAGGGUGACCCAUAAGAUAUGUAUGCAUAUAUACCUGUCUGUACAGGUACAGCAUAUACACAUGUCUAUGGAUUGACAUACUGUAUCAGGCUGACACUGAAGACAUGCGAUAUGUUGUCUAACAGUAAUGUCUGACAGACUGACUCGGACAUAAAGAACUGUCUGACGGAUUCAGGUUGAAAGAAAUGCUUGCUGCAAGCUCGGUGUACAUUGCUCUGCUACUUAUCUUGUGUUUGGUUCCUCAAAAGAGUUGGCCUUGCCUGAAUUAGUUUGUCCCUUAUCGUGAGGGAGGGAGUCUUAGCAGAACUAAGCAAAGUCUGCAACACCUACCUACCCACAUACACAUUUUCAAUACAUAUGAAACUUGAGUAUGGGAGGAGCAUAGUAUGCUGGUAUUGCAGACAUUGUCUCCUGUUCUAAGGUUUUUCAGAACUCAAGACUAGUUUGAAGCCGAUGUGUGUACUUUAGGCCUACAUAUACGUAAAAAGCCAGAAGGGACCGCUCACUAUCUGCAGACAACAAACUUGAACAAUACAGGGGUGGAUUUCUCGAAACCAAAGUUGCUUACUACAUUAGCUAC